AAAAUCGUGCCUGUGCAGAAGUGAUUUCUUGCGCCGCAGAGCUGCGCAGAAGCAAUUUAUGGUGCCGAUUUCUGGGGGGGGGGGAUGGCACAGCCCAUGCGGUGAUUUCCGGACCGUCCGUGGGCCUUAGGUUGCACUAGAUGAUAUAGGAACAACAAUUCCCCAAACUACAUGUGUUGCACAUUAUGCAUUUAUGCAUUUGCCGUGUAUUUUAAUUCAUUUCAAGUAUGAGGGAGGCAACUUGAAGAAGCAUCACUUUCAGGUGAUGUAAUUCCUUUCUGUGAGGUCUUCUCAUGGAAACAAUAUUAACUCUUUUAAGGCAAGAAGAGCGUAAGCCAUGCAUGCAGCCCGCCUAGUUCUGCACCUGAAUUCUGAUACGGAAAGUAGCAUCUCAUAGUGAUGUGACACUGUCUAUUGGCUGUAUGCAUAACUCAAUCCCUCUUCUUGCUUUAAAGGACCACUGACCCUUCAAGGAAAAUGAGGAUGACCACAUGCACAAGCAACAUGGUACCGAAGCAACUAUUAUCUCAGGGAAAAAGCUGGCUGCCCAGGUCUGUGAGGAGAUACGGAAGGAUGUAGACUCCUGGCUUGCCCUUGGGAACAAGAAGCCUCAUCUCACUGUUGUCUUAGUAGGAGACAACCCAGCCAGUCACACAUAUGUGAGAAAUAAAGUAAAAGCAGCGGCAGCCGUAGGCAUUUGUAGUGAAAUAAUACUGAGGCCCAAAGAUAUUUCUCAGGAAGAACUUUUAGAUCUAACUGAGAGAUUAAACAAGGAUUCAAGAGUCAGUGGUAUAUUAGUCCAGUUACCUCUGCCAGAUCACAUUGAAGAAAGAACUGUGUGUAACACUGUUGCACCUGAAAAGGAUGUGGAUGGAUUUCAUAUUUUCAAUAUAGGACAACUGUGUCUUGACCAACCUUCUGUUAUACCUGCCACUGCUGCUGCUGUCUGGGAAAUAAUAAAAAGAACAGGAAUACAAACAUUUGGAAGAAACGUUGUUGUCGUUGGGAGAUCAAAGAAUGUUGGAAUGCCUAUUUCAAUGCUUUUACAUACUGAUGGAGGACAUGAAAGGCCCGGAGGUGAUGCUACAGUUACAAUUGCUCACAGAUAUACACCAAAAGAUCAGCUGAAGAUCCAUACGCAGCUUGCUGAUAUUGUAAUAGUUGCUGCAGGUGUCCCAAAGCUGAUUACUUCUGAUAUGGUUAAAGAAGGAGCAGCGGUGAUUGAUGUCGGGAUCAACCAUAUCCACGAUCCUCUCACAGGAAAGACCAACUUAGUGGGGGAUGUGGACUUUGAAGAGGUAAAGAAGAAAGCUGGCUUCAUCACCCCUGUGCCGGGAGGUGUAGGACCAAUGACUGUUGCUAUGCUUCUGAAGAAUACAUUAACUGCGGCCAAGAAGCUUAUUUAUUAAGAUCUUUGAAUUCAAGCCAUUCUAUUUAUUGAUACACAUACAUUUAUUUUUCUUACGAAUAUAUUUAUUUCUAAAUUGUAUUUAUUCAUGUCAGAAUAUUGACAAUGGGUUUCUUUGCAUACUUACAAUAAUGUUUAUUACUUCUGCUGCUGAAUAUGCACCUACUGUCUUCAUGUAUGGAUGUGUGUGAUUUCUCUAUGUAAUUCCAGUCUAAGCACCUGGUCCAUGUUUGAGGAGCGCAGUUUUUGCAAAACAUCCCUCGUCAAUGGGAGUCUCUGUUGCAACAGAAAAUGAGACCUGGACCUGGGCUUUAACUGCAUGCCACACUUUAGCCAAGGGCAACUAAGGGCUCGUACUUUGAACUACAUUAUGCAUAAGGGGGGAAACUCCAAGGAAACCAGUAUGCUCAGUAGAAAUAAAUCAGGAGUUUAUCUCUGGAAAACCAGGUAUUGAUAACAGAACAUGUACGAAAACACUAAAAACAAAGUGAAUUUUGUGUGAUUUUUUAAAGCAUGCUUCGUAUUUGCUAUUGCUGUAAUCCCAAGUCAGAGGUGAAAAAGGAAAGGAAAUUAAUACACUUCAUUGCAAUCUGCUUCUAUGUCUAGUUUUGCCCUCACGUCCCAAAACACAAUAUCAGUAACAUUCCUAUUUAGAUUAAUAGAUGCGAACUGACAAAUUGCAUUCUCAUUGAAGAAGCAUCAUUUCCGUCAAGAAGGGAAUUCUGUAAAAUUUAUUGAUUCUGUAUUGGAGAAUUCAAAAUAUUUUUAAAAUGACUACAUUGUUGAUCAUCAACUUUAAAAAAAAUCCUUCUGAAUUGUAUCUCCAUUCCAGUGAACUGUAAUAUUAAAAUAAUACCCAUGAUUCCUGAAACUAAACCAUACGGAUGAAGGACCUGAUUAUUUUUCUUUCAUUGAGUCAUUAUAGAAGUUGGUGCAAGACCAACUAGGUCUCUGUCUGUCUUUAUUCCAGUUGGAGGAGAGGCUUGAAAAUAAAGACUCAUUCAGUAGUUGUUGCUAUAGUUCCAAGCAAAUGAAUGGAUAAAUUAAUUGAGGGAAAUGUGCUCUUUUUGUUGCUUCAUACGUUGAAAAAUGUAAGAUAGG